AUGGCUUCGAACCUAACCGUUAACGUUCAUCCUGUCGUUUAUAUGACAAUCGUGGACUCUUACCUACGUAGGUCUCGUCCAAUCAAAGCAGGCCAACAGGCCAAUGAUAAAGCCUUAGGCACUUUAAUGGGUUUCUAUGAGAAGGGAGCAAUUCAGGUCACCAAUUGCUUUGCCAUUCCUUUCAAUGAGUCUCGGGAUGAUUUAGAAUUGGAUGAUCAAUUCAAUCAGCAAAUGAUCCAAAUGUUGAAGAGAGCAUCUCCAACCGAGCAACCCGUGGGAUGGUUUUAUACCUCUUCUGAUCUUUCUGCGAAUUGUCUUGUCUAUCACGAUUAUUAUAAUAGAGUUAUCAUGGAGGUCUCAGCUAAGAAAGAAUUGCCUCCUCUUGUGCUCCUAACUCUCGAUACAACUUUCUCUGCUGAAGGAGAUGAUAAGUACAGAAUGCCUGUCCGGGCUUAUCUCAGAUCUAAGGCCGGUAUUCCUGGAAGUCCUGAUCCUCACUGCGCAAUUUUCAACCCACUUCGUGUGGAGCUCGAUGCUUUCCCAGGAGAGUGUGUGGCCAUGCAGCUGAUCCAGAACGCUCUGGAUUCUCGUAGAAGAGAAGCCACUAUGGAAAAUGGUUUAGAACAGUUAGAAAGAAGUACCGGACAAAUAAUAGAAUGGCUGGAGAAGCUUCUUGAAUACGUCAAUGAAGUUCUUAACCGUGAUGAACUACCUGCUGAUGCUACCAUGGGUAGACAAUUGAUGGAUAUCGUUAACACUGCUGCGUUCAAUAUGCAACCAGAAAAGCUAGACAGCUUAGUCAAGAAUAGCUUAAGAGAUUAUAUGAUGGUUGCUUAUCUUGCUAACUUGACAAAAACACAGCUCAAUGUGCAUGAGCGAAUGGUUAAUCUUUAA